AUGGCAUCUCGGCCGCAGAACAUCGGCAUCAAAGCCAUUGAAAUAUACUUUCCCAGCCAGUGCGUUGAUCAGAGCGAUCUUGAGCGAUUUGAUGGCGUCGCUGCAGGCAAAUAUACAAUCGGGUUGGGCCAGACGAAAAUGUCAUUCUGCGAUGACAGGGAAGGCAAGCGAGCCAGACACCGAGUUUGGCGCACAUAA